AUGGAACAAAUAAAGAGGGCAAAUAAACUGUUCACUAAUGACUGUAUAUUUCUGAGGAAAACUCUGAAUAUUCCUGUUGUAUCAGAGAAACCGUUACUGUUCAAUGGACUUAAUUCACUGGAGUCUCCUGAGAAUGAAACUGUUGCCAGCUCCCCUUCUUGUGAGGGAGGACUAAUGACAGUUCAGGAAGAAAGUAGCUCCUCUCCCAGUCCUCAAGAGCCUGACAAUCAGCCCACUGCACCAGAAGAACUGUCUGCCAAAGAUUUCCUACAGAGAUUGGACUUGCAGAUUAAGUUAUCAAAACAAGCAGCCAGGAAACUAAAAGAUGACAAUGUCAGAGAGGAGGAGAAUGAGGAAGGCCCCUAUGCAACUUCUUCAUAUCAUCAGUAGAAGACAGAUGCCAUGGCCUGAAAACUUCCCAUGAAAUCAGUUCUUAAAGAACUAAAUGGUCAAUAGUUCAAAACCCAAGUCUUUUGGACUCAUCUUGAUGUACUUAAAACAAGUCAUGAAUGGGUAAUUGCACUGAAAUUAUGACCUCUUCUGCCUUCCAUAGGUUAAUGUCCUUAUGCUAUAUCAACAAAGGGUUUAAGCCUUCCAAAACUAGCAAUGGCCUUUAUACCCCUUCUGUGCAAACUGUAGCAUGGUAGCAACAAUAUAUCCUUGAGGUCACCUUUAUGCAGGAUGUUGAUCUUUAGUAAAGAUUUUGUAAAUACUUGUUAAAGUGAAAUUUGUUUUAAGUAUUUAAAAAAUAUUGGAUAAGUUUGCUUGUAAAUGACAAACUAUGGAAGUAAUUGAAGUAUUCUGCAAACAGGCAAGUUUGCUGAGGAAGUUUUGUUUACUUCAGGGCUGCAGAACUUGCCUCUGAAUUCUGUGUGGGGUUAUGAUGUAUUCCUAGAAUGGGGAAUUCAACUUGUUUUGAGUAGUUAAAGCCUUUGUGGUUAAACAACUGUUUGCAAAUCAGACUUCUGCUAAUAAAAGGGAACAGCUCCAGCAAGAGACUUUUCUUCAUGAGAUAUGGCAUUGGAAUACAAGAUGUGUGCUCUUGUGUGCAGUUAUAUUUUGUGUGGUUUUAAUUUAAUAAAUACAGAAA